GCUGGCUGUCCUGGCCGCUGUCGGUGCGAGGUGGACGGGCUGCUGCACCGGGUGGACUGCUCGGACCUGGGGCUCCGGGAGAUACCGACUAACCUGAGCGUGUUCACAUCUUACCUUGAUCUCAGUAUGAAUAAUCUGACUGUGUUGUCCAGCGGAGCUCUGUCCAACCUGCACUUCCUGGAGGAGCUGCGUUUGGCGGGAAACGAUCUGUCAUUCAUCCCCAGAGGAGCAUUCACCGGCCUCUACAACCUCAAAGUGCUGAUGCUUCAGAACAACCAGCUGAAGUCUGUCCCUGCUGAGGCCUUCAACAACCUGCACAACCUGCAGUCCCUACGCCUGGACGCCAAUCACAUCUCCGGCGUUCCCAUCGGCUGUUUCUCCGGCCUACGCUCGCUCCGUCACUUGUGGUUGGACGACAACUCUUUGACGGAGGUGCCGGUGGAGGCCCUGAACGAGCUGCCCGCCCUGCAGGCCAUGACGCUCGCCCUCAACCACAUCAGCCACGUCCCGGAUCACGCCUUCAGCAAGCUGGGCCGCCUGGUGGUGCUGCAUCUCAACAACAAUAGGAUCGUUUCCAUGGGAACGAACUGCUUCCACGGACUCCACAGUUUGGAGACGCUGGAUUUGAACUACAACAGCCUGGAGGAGUUUCCGACGGCGGUCCGCUCGCUCAGCCACCUCAAAGAACUUGGUUUCCAUAGUAACAACAUCCAGUCCAUCCCAGAGCACGCCUUCACUGGGAACCCCUCGCUCAUCACCAUAUUUUUCUACGACAACCCGAUCCAGUCUGUAGGCCGAUCUGCCUUUCAGAACCUUCCGGAGCUUCGGACACUCUCUCUGAACGGAGCAGCAGAUCUCACCGAGUUUCCAGAUCUGACAGGAACCAAGAGCCUGGAAAGCCUGACCAUCACAGGAGCUCGGAUCAAAUCUCUGCCCAGUUCAGUGUGUGAACAGCUUCAAAACCUUCAGCUGCUUGAUCUCUCCUAUAAUCAGAUCCAGACUCUUCCCAGUUUCUCUGGCUGUGAGAGCGUUCAGAAGAUUGAUCUACACCAUAAUGAGAUAGAGGAACUGGAGGAGAACACCUUCCACGGUCUGAUGUCGCUACGCUCUCUCGAUUUAUCGUGGAACAGACUGUCAUCAGUGAGGCCGAACUCUUUCUCUGCUCUGCCCGCUCUGACCAAACUCGACCUGUCGUCCAAUCAGCUGUCUUCUCUGCCUCUGGUUGGUCUGCAUGGUUUAACUCACCUGCGAUUGGCUGGAAACACACAGCUGAUGGAGUUAAUACCUCCAGAGGACCUGCCCAGAGUUAGGGUGAUGGAGCUUCCUUACGCCUUCCAGUGCUGUGCCUUCGUCUCCUGUGAGAGGAGAGGAGGAGGAGGAGGAGGAGGUCCGUCCUGGGAGAGAGAGGAGGCGGCGGACUCGACUGGGAAAGAGACCUCCGUCCUCUCCAGCCAAGAUCAGGACUGGGAGGAUUUUCUGAUGGAGUUUGAAGAUGAACCCAAACUUCAACAGUCUGUCCACUGCAGCCCUGCACCAGGCCCAUUCCGCCCCUGCCUCCGUCUGCUCGGCAGCUGGUUGAUCCGUGGAGGGGUGUGGCUCAUCGCUGCGCUCUCAUUGGUCAGCAACAGCCUGGUCGUCUUGUCAGUUUUCUUUUCCCCGGCCACGCCAUUGACACCGCCCAAGCUGCUGAUUGGUCUGCUGGCCCUGGUGAACGGCCUGAUGGGAGUGUGGAGCGGCUGGUUGGCGGCGGUGGACGCCUGGACGUUUGGCAGCUUCUGGAGGUACGGGGCGAGGUGGGAGAGCAGCUUCCUGUGUCGGCUCAGUGGCUUCCUGUGUGUAUUUGCGUCGCAGACGGGCCUCUUCCUGCUCACCGUCGCAGCUCUGGAGCGAUGUGUGGCCGCCGCCACCGCACGCCGUCACAAAACUGACGGACACAAUGGUCGCUCCUCAUCACGGCUCUCCAUCCGUCUGGCCGUCUGUCUGUGUUUCCUGUUGGGCCUGGCCGUCACACUGCCCCCCCUGGUGGCCGGACACAGUAGCACCUCCCUCUGUUUGCCGCUGCCUUCCUCCUCAUCCUCCUCCUCCCUGGCCUUCACCGUCUCCCUGGUGCUCCUCGACUCAUUGUGUUUCCUCCUCAUGACGGCCGCCUACACUCGCCUCUACUGUCGGGCCCACAAGGCUCCGCCUACCACUGAAGAGGAGGUGGCGUUGACUCGACAUGUCGCCUGGCUGCUCUUCUCAGACUGCCUCCUCUACCUCCCUGUCGCCUUCCUCUCCUUCUCCUCCCUGCUUCGUCUCUCCGCCGCCGGGCCGGAGGCAGCGAAGGGGGUACUGCUGCUCGUGGCUCCGCUGCCGUCCUGCGUCAACCCACUUCUCUACAUCCUCUUCAACCCGCUCGCCCGGCAGGAGCUGGCGGCGCUCGCCAAACGCACCUGCGGGGCCGUGGGCUUACCCAGACUUGGCAGGGGGGGAGGAAGAGGAGCUGGAGGAAGAUCAAGGCCGAACGCGAUGGAUUUAGCGUACGACGAGGAUGCGGAGAAACAGUCUUGUGACUCGACGCAGGCGCUGGUAGCAGUCGGAGGCAUGAAGGAGGAAGAAGAGGGGGAGAGAGGAAGAGGAAGGAGUGAGACACAACACUCGGUGGCGUUUGUUGUUCCUCAUCACUAGACUGACACAAACACACGAGGUCUAAAGUUCUCACCUGCCAAAGGCCACUUCAUGACUCUCACCUGAACUCACUGGUUACACUCAGU